UCCAUGAUUUUUGGAUUUUUUUGGUUCUUUAAGUUUAGUCUUUACAGACUUUACUGUUUACUGUAUUUUAUUCUUCCAUACUAUCUGCUCUGCCUCUGCAGUUUUGAAAGCGGCGUCCGAUUUAUCAAUUUUUUUAUUUGGAAUCUGGAAUCAGAGACCCAGUCGGGCAUCAGAAUGGCGUCCCCAAAGCGUCCUCGACGCGAAGAACCCCCUGUGGGACUCGUGAACUGCAUGAAGCAGAAAUUAACCAGUGGAAAAUUCAGUGAUGUGCGAUUCGCCGUUGGUCGUCAUUAUAGCCCAGUGAAAAUCUUCGAAGCUCACAAGAUUGUUUUGGCGAUACGCAGUUCCGUGUUCAGCGCCAUGUUUUACGGGAGCCUGCCGGAGAAUUGCGCUGUUCCCAUUGAUAUUCCGGAUUGCAUUCCUGACGCGUUUGCCAACGUUCUGAGCUACAUGUACACGGAUGGAGUGGAGAAUCUGAACGCUGACAAUGUUUUCGAGAUCAUGAACUGCGCGGAUAAAUACGACUUGGCUUCUUUGGUGCGAAUCUGUCUGGAGAAGAUUCUCAGUGAGCUGGACGUGGAGAAUUGCUUGACCGUUUUGGAACAAUCUGUAUUGCAGUUAGCCCAGUGGCAAGUGAAUGCUGAUACUAUCCGGGAGGCGUGCUUGCAUUUGCUGGAUGAGAAGACGGAAGAGGUUCUGCGAUCGGAACACUUCAUUAGCAUCCGCCAGGACACAUUGCGCACCAUACUGCAACGCAGCACGCUGUCGGCUAAAAAGAUUGUUAUUUUCUUGGCUGUGGAGAGCUGGUCCGCCGAAGCCUGUAAGCGAAAUAACAUGGUGCCAUCCGCUGUCAACCGUCGUCAGAUGCUAGGUGACGCAUUCCCACUUGCACUAGGCCGCUUUCCCAAGCUAGCUAAACUACCGGACGGUCCCGGGCCGAUCCGUGUGGGGGAUGGUUUAAUGACGAUAUGGGACUUCAUAACUGUGUCAUCCUGGCCGCUACGCAAUCGCCGUGUAUGCGAAUACCGGAUCACUGCUGAGGUUGCUAAUGGCCAACAGUUGACGAUAUGGCCUCGAUAGGUCGUGGUCCAUUCUGAUUUGUCCGGACAUUUGUACUGGUUGCGUAGAAGAAUGUGGUCAGAAAACAGAAUGUAACUUUUUUUGUUUUCCAUCAACGCGAUAUAUGGAAAUAGCUUUUGUUAGAGAUAAUUCUCCUUUUGUGGCAGACGGAAUGGUUCCGUAUUUCUUCAGUUGGUGAUUACCCCGCCCGUGCCUUUUGAUCCCAGCCAGUCCUGAUCGCAGCUUUUUUUUAUGUUUUUCAUUUUUAGCGGUAUAUAUCAGUUCAGCGAGAGAUGAUAAAUUUAACAUUUGGCUGCUAGUAAAUGUUACUGAUUUAAAUUCUGAAUGUUUACGCAUUGAUAGCCUUGUUUACGUGGAAUUAUGUGACUUAUGCCAAAAUGUGUACAUGUACGUAUGACCAAAACUAUGUG